CACUGUCCGGCCCGGUGCCGCGCCGCGAUGGAGCUGCAGCCGUCGGGUGAGGAGGAGCAGCAGGAGGAGGAGGAGGAGGAAGGCAGGGAUUAACGCUGGGCCGGCUGGCGCAGAGGCGCGGCUGAGCGCUCCGGCAGGAGCCCAGGGCCCUGCGGCCCGUGCAGAAGGCAGGGGCGGGAGGAGCGGAGAUGCGGCUGCUCCAGCCGCGCCGCUAAAGCUGCCGGUCACUCGCCCGUGGGAGGAGGAGGAAGGAGGGCGGCGAGCUCCUUCCUCCCCGCUGCGCCGCGGGGCGCGGGCAGGCCUUCCUCCCGCUCAUCCCAGCCCCGAGUCGGAGCCGCCGUCGCCCCCUCUGCCUUCCUGCGCUCUUCCCACCAUGAGCGGGGCCGUUUUCACCUCGUAAAGAUGGCGGUGUGGGAUCGCUGCAACCUUUAGACUAAUGACUGUCAGAAACAUCGCCUCCAUCUGUAAUAUGGUUCUUCAAGAGCAGCUCCACACAGUUGCCAGCUUCCCUCCAUGUGGUGCCCCAGCAUGCCUUGUGCUGGCAAUGCCACACAUACCUUUCAGCUGCCCUGGAGAACGGAGCCUGCCUCCGGGGGCACCAAUGCCUCUGCUCUGGAAAAAGACAUUGGCCCAGAGCAGUUUCCCAUCAAUGAACACUACUUUGGAUUGGUCAAUUUUGGAAACACCUGCUACUGUAACUCCGUGCUGCAGGCAUUGUAUUUCUGCCGGCCAUUUCGGGAAAAUGUGUUAUCAUACAAGGCCCAACAGAAAAAGAAGGAAAACCUCUUGACUUGCCUGGCAGAUCUUUUCCACAGUAUUGCUACUCAGAAGAAGAAAGUCGGAGUUAUUCCACCAAAGAAGUUCAUAUCAAGGUUACGAAAAGAGAACGAUCUCUUUGACAACUACAUGCAGCAGGAUGCCCACGAGUUUUUAAAUUACUUGCUGAAUACAAUCGCCGACAUUUUGCAGGAGGAGAAGAAACAGGAGAAGCAAAACGGGAAGCUGAAAAAUGGCAACAUGAACGAAGCUGAAGAGAACAAUAAGCAAGAACUCACCUGGGUGCAUGAGAUUUUUCAGGGAACACUGACUAACGAAACUAGAUGUUUGAACUGUGAAACCGUUAGUAGCAAAGAUGAAGAUUUUCUUGACCUUUCUGUUGAUGUGGAGCAGAACACAUCAAUUACACACUGUCUAAGAGACUUCAGUAACACAGAGACAUUAUGUAGUGAGCAGAAAUACUACUGUGAAACCUGCUGCAGUAAACAAGAUGCACAGAAAAGGAUGCGAGUAAAAAAGUUGCCAAUGAUUCUUGCCUUACACCUCAAGAGAUUCAAGUACAUGGAACAAUUGCACAGGUAUACUAAGCUGUCUUACCGUGUAGUAUUUCCCCUGGAAUUACGUCUCUUCAACACGUCUGGUGAUGCUGUCAACUUAGACCGAAUGUACGACUUAGUAGCUGUUGUUGUUCACUGUGGAAGUGGACCGAAUCGUGGGCAUUAUAUUACUAUCGUGAAAAGUCACGGAUUUUGGCUCUUGUUUGAUGAUGACAUUGUAGAGAAAAUAGAUGCUCAAGCAAUUGAAGAAUUUUAUGGACUGACCUCUGAUAUAUCAAAAAAUUCGGAAUCUGGUUAUAUUUUAUUCUACCAGUCAAGAGAGUGACUUGGGAAACUGUGACAACUGCACACAACAGCUCUGCAGGCAAAGAAGGUGAUGGCCCAAUGAACUGACUUUUACAAAGACCUCGUCUUGUAUGGCUGAAAAACUAUAUCUCCUGUCUCUCAUUAAAUGGCCUAUGUGCUAUUCACCAUAACUGUUCAUUUUUGAUGUACAGAACUUUCUUUCAGGCAGGGAGGGUAGUUUGUUGUUCUUAAGUCUAAUUGAGAAGUUAAUUGUAGUCAGUUUUUAGUGGAAUUUGUAUGGAAUAACAUAACGCAUCAAAAGAAUUGGACUAUUAAACCAAAUCCAGAUAGAGCAGUAUUUUAUAUGGAAGAGCUCACUGUGUUUAGCCCAAAGUUGUUAAAAGCUUUCUAAAUGAUUUUGGAGUGCAUUGACUUACUUAACCAAUUUAAAUAUAAGGGGGAAAAAAUCUGCUUCAUAAUUACUGGAAUUGCCAUAGGUUGGGUUUUUUUUUUGUUGUUUUGUUUUUUUAUGUGCUACUCUCAACUGUGAAGGAAGUUAAUCUUCCAAAAUCAUUUAAGCUUUGGGGUUGUUAAAAACUUUCAGUGUAUAAUGUUAGGCCUCAAGUUCACAUAGAGGAAUAUAAAUUACAAUGGAACUAAGCAAUAUUGUAUGCCCAGUCAAUGUGAUAGUACAGGUGAUGUGAGAUUUCAGAACUUACAGAGCACUGGAAUAAAGUCAGUAUGAUGACACAUGUAACACACAGAUGAACUGCAUUUAUAGAGAUUAAGUUUAUUGUUCUGUUAAAACAAUAUAAUACGUUCUUGACUUGAGUUUUCAGAUAUAACAAUGCUGCUCUUGUACAAUAUAUCUGCGAGGACUGAAAUUACACAGUCCAGCUACAGGUGUGCUGUUGGUACACUACAUAAAACAGGGCUCCAUCCUACAUUAUUAUUAUUAUUGAAUAUUAGACAGCAUUUUGAUCAGACUAAGUUCUACUGUUUCUGAUUUUACUGGGUGAAUUUGGCUGGCUAUGUAGUCGUACAGUGGUUAAUAAAACCAUCAAACACACAUACUGGAAUAAGGCAAAGAAAGAGUGUAGAAGAAUGUGUCAGUAGGGUAUGAGAAGGAAUAGAAAGCAGGAUGAGACACAGGUAGCACUAGGUAUCUCUAUUGCUUGGUUUGACACAGUUGUACAGUGCUUGAACCUUAUCACCCAAAUGCCUAUCCAAAUUAAAUCAACAGCAUAAAACCUCCUGUUGUCUUAAGGGCAACCAAGAACUGGUUCUAGUAUUUGCAAGGACACUUUCUCAUCUCACAAAAUAUAUUUUUAAUUGUUACGUUUUAUUCACUCUCGUUCAGUAUUUAUGAGACAGUGUUGCUUUUGGUACUUUUCUUUUAGAAGCCUGGUAGUCAGUGUUUCAGAAAACUGCUUCUGAACCACAGCUAAAUCUAUUUUAGUUUUCUGUAGGAAAAAUAUUUUUCCACUGUAAUCUACUGUGAAUGUGAAAUAUCUUCUCAUUGAAUAAUGGGGAAAGUGGAAUACUAGCUUCUACACCAACGUUGAUUGAAAAGACGGAUUUAUCUAUGGCCAUUUUGCAAACCAAGGAAAUGUAGCACUUUACACUGAAGGAGGAACAGAAGUGAGCUUUUCAUAUGACAUUUUUUUUGUGGUUUAUCAUGUCAUUAUACUAGUACAAAAAAAAAAAAAAAAAAAAAGAUGUAGAGUAACCUCGGGGUCCUUGGGUACAUGAAUAGCGGAGCUCUUCAGAGAUCACUCAUGUGAAUGAAGGUUGUUAUGCAGGCUACAGAUACGCAUAAUUAGGAUGCCAUUCUUGUUCUUGUAUCGAUGAUGGAGUGAAAUGUUCUGUCUGCAACAAAAAAGACAGACAUUCUACAGGAGAAAAGUUAAACCUGUAAAUCCUUAUUUGAUGAAUUCAUUUAUGUGCAUUCCAAAUUUCCACAUUAAAAAUAUAAUAAUUAAUUGCCUUUUAAAACAAGAGCAUUUCCUGCUCAUGAACGAAGGCAGCUUCCAGACCAGCAUUCGCCAGUGUUGGUCCAAGGGUCCGUACUUCAUGGCCUAAUGCUGAACAUUCAUAGGGCAUCCUUCAGUUUCCAAACAAGCAACAAAAAGGCAUCUUUAAUGCAGCUCAUGUUUAUACAUGAAGUCAUUUUGCAUAAGAAUAACAUUAAAAUUGGUCCAAUUUUAGGAUAUUUGUUAAAUUUUUUUGAAUUAGCUUAUCUGACAAAUUAUUAAUUAUUGGUUGGACUGGAUGAUCUCAGAGGUCUUUUCCAACCUUGGUGAUUCUAUGAAGUACUAUUUAAAUGAUAAAUUAUAGAAUGCUCUUUGCUUUUCUCCAGCUGCAAGACAGCUCUAGGUUGUAAAACAUGCAGAUAAUUGCUACAUGUUAUUGAGAGCAAAAUUCAUAGAAUGAAUUUACCAUCAAGUAUGGAAACCAUGCUCAAAAAUGAAGCACCCAAAUCUUCUGCUAUAACUACCAAGAAAUGCACAAGAUCUAUGACAAAUUAUUGAAAAGGUUCAUCUCAUGAAAGAUCAUGGAACUGAUAUGACACCAGUCCACCAUCAGUGUUCUGACAUUAACUCUGAAAUAUCACGGAAUGCUCACGUUAUGCAAGUAACGGCUAAAUUAAGGGGUAUUUCUUUCAAUCCCAAAACGUUGCACUUAUAGUUCUAUACAUCAUAUCCAACUUACAGCACGCUGAAUGUCUUGACUUCAGUCUGGCAAAAGCUGUCCAUCACAGUUUUGCUUCGGGCAGGAGAAGUUCUGGCCUAUGCCAAAUUAAAAACACCUGUGUGAGUUUUGCAGGAUUAGGAUUUUUGCAGGAGCAAUAGUAUGAUCUACAGUGUUUUAUUUGAUUAAAUAAAAUGCAGUCCUUCCUCUCAUGCUUAUACAUACACAUCCAGUUCCUUACAGAAGAAUGGUAAAAUAUCUAGGACAAUCACAGCUUUUCAGCCAGCAAACUGAAAAUAAAAAGAUAGUACACGUCUAACAGUGCCCUGUGCUUCCCUAAAGUUGCUGCUUAUAUAGCAUUUGGUUUUGAGUGUAUUAGGCCUAAUGGCAUCUGAAGUUCUCUACCUCUUUCACGCCCUGCUGCUGCUGCUAAGUGUUACCCAUUUAAAAAUUACCAUGUUCUUACUCAGAAAAGAACAGUUCCAUCCUAUGCCGUUUUCCCACCAAACUGAAGGAAGCACUGCAGUGUGGAUUAAUCGCUUAUCUUAGAGGAUGAGCUCAGACCUUAAUUUUUCUACAGAGCAAGCUGUCAGGGUUUUAUGUAAUUUCUAUUUCUGAGACACAGCAGAGGGAGGCAGGAGAAGGAGUGAUGGAGAAGCAUCUCAGUGAAGCAGAACACCUUGUUGCAGUCCCAAAAUGACUCUCAUCAAUUCUGUAUUAAUCUUCAGUAACAGCAGAGAAACAGAUAUAACAUCUUAAAGAUCUUAUUCCUUUAGCAGUUGGGGUGAAGAAAACAAAAGCAGUAGGUGUUUCCUUCAUGUUAGACUAAGAUAUUAAAGAUCAAAGCUGCAAUUAGAAUCUGUGUUACAUGGUGGCUCCUAAAGUGCUGCCACACCUCUCUUUCAUCAUCAGACAUGACUUGUUACAGCAUCAUGUAUGUGGGACCUGAGCUGAUAACUUGCAGCUACCUGUGAUGUGAUGCCUCUCAGCAGCAGACCCUUCUUGUUUUGCCUCUUUGUUUUUGCUGCUUGUGGCUGGUGAGUUGGAGCAGUGUCUUGCAGCUGAAUGUGUAUUAGAAAUAUCAGGUUUUAGUUUUAGCUUCAUUCCAUGUUAGUACUUUUUAUCAAAUUCUGUUUUAAUUUAUUUCUUUUAUUGUUGCCCUGUUAAUGUAUCUGUAUAAUAAUUUAAGCGGUUAAUAAUAUUAGUUCUCUAUUUUAAUUUGUAUGUACUUUGAGUUUUUACAUGUAAAUAACCCAAGCACUUUAAGCAUUGAUGUCAAUCUUGUGAAAUUCCAAUCAGCUUAUCACUCUGCUGUUGGCUUUUUGCUUUGUAUUCUUUUGCUUUGGAACCCUUUGCUUAUGAUCCAGCAUAUCAUCUAGUUACAACCCAAUUUCCAUACCUAUCUUUGGAGUUCUAGUUGAGUGGAACUUCGGGAAGACCGGAUUUGUUCAUACAUAUUUGUUCAUAAGUAACAAGUAUGCAGUAUUUACUGCAUGCCUGUCCUCUCAGCUUGUAUAACAAUACAUACCUGAUGAAUGCAAUAGCACUGUAUGUUUCACAGUCUUAGUUGCACUCUUACCUGCUAGCCCAUCUGGAAACAAUUGCAAUCCUUCCAUCUGUUACAGCUAUCAAUAAUCAUAAUGUUGAGAAGCUCCGCUUCUUACAGGAAAAGUCUUUUGUACUAAACAAUGAAGCCAGUAUUCUACCAAUAACGCACGUAUUGCUCUUUGCCAUUUUAUCUGCUCUCUGUGUAGUCUCAAACAUGAGCAACCUGAGGAGCUGCAUUUAUUUGUGACCUUUGUGUGUACAGCAAAGAGAGAAAUCUUUUCACAUGUUUCCUCUCCCCACUUUGGUUUGUAUAAAGGGAAGAUUGGAAGCAGGGUAUGUGCUGGUGUUAAAACAAAAUAGCAUUCCAUCUAUCAGAGGCACUGGACAUUCCUUAUGGAGCAGUGCUGGUGUAGCCAUGUCAGAAAACUACUUCAUUUUUCUGGAGCAAGAUUUAUUGUUAGGUUUUUAGACAUAGUAUUCUGUUUGAUCAAUGAAAAGCCCUGGACUUUUUCUGUUGCUGCAUUAUUUUUUCUCAGUUUAACAUGGCACUGAAUAUUUAAAUGUCCCUUGGCAAGCCUCAAUAGACAUGCUUUUAAUUUCUUUCCAGCUAACAUGCAUUACUUCAAAGAGAUUACUUGAACCCAGCCACAAGAACAAUUUAGAUUAACACAGCCCUUUUGCUUACCAGGUCAGAUAACACCUACCAGGAGGUAUGUGCCCACCUGAUGGGACCAGCUGGGCUAAACCAGCACCUUUUCACACACUAAUGAUCCUUUACCCCCUAGGAGGUUUGUUUGCUGGCUUUGCCUGAGGGAUUUAAUAUAAGACUGCACAUAACUCCCUUUAUUUCACGGUCUCAGAGUUGCUAUAAUUCUUUAAUAAAUCUACUUCAUUGGGUUAUCUGGGCUGGGAGUAUUGCACAAUAUAUAAUAAAUUAACUUUUCUGUGCCAUUCACAAUGGUAAGUUUUGGCAGCCUAAUGCAUAUGAUGAAGCCUGUUACAGGUGGCAGCUUCACUAUGUUUAAGAUUAUUGAAUAGCAAGAGAUUAUUCUGUUAGUGUAGUAGUGCUGUAGGUCUGGACUGACAUGUAGCACCUUAACCUCCAGCUUACCCAGAUGAAAUUGAUGCUUUACAUUCUAGAUAACCUUACCCCCUUCUCCCAGAGGUUCCAAAAAGGCAGAAGCAAACCCUCUGAGAAAAUGCCUUGCAGUUCACUAAACACCUUGUCUGCCACAGUAGAUAAUUCAGAAGUGUUUGCAUUCACUCUCCCUCAUCCCCCAAACCCUUAGAACAUAUACAUUCCUUAAAGAGGCUGUGCUCAAACAUCAGCUUUCUAUUUGCCACUGCAUUCAUAUUCUAGAGUCCCAUGAUGGAUUCUGUUCAUGUAAGAUGUUAUUUUCUCAUCUUCUCACAGCUUUUGUUCUAACUGUAAAAGCAACUGCAGGGCUGCUGUAUUACACAUUCAAGUGCUUUUCCUAGAGAUUAUUUUCCAGCUUCAGUGGCUUUCAUUAAAGAGCACUAACAGGAGCUUUGGGAGUAAAGUCAACAUCACUGUCUGAACACGGGUGUAGGGAGGGAAGAAAGAAGAGCAGAGGCAGGAAUAUGGAAAGAGCUGGUUUGUCUGAUGCUUUGAAUGUGUAUAUCUGUAAAUACAUAGUCCCUAUCUAACCGGUCCUAAAGGUGCAAUGGUAGUAGAACUACUUACAUAUUUUGUGCUAGUUUUUUAAACAGAGUAAGAAGUAGUAAAACUAUUGGGCAUACAACUGGGGACGCAUAAAAAUACUGAAUUUCUUGUAAAGCAUACAAUACACAGUGUGUGUGUAUCGGAGUAUCUACUCUUUUUAAUCAUGUACAUGUAAUUAAACCAUGCACUACCUGCAGAACUGUAAGAUAAAUCUCAUGUUGGAUAUUAAGGUUGUAACAUAAGAAAUCAGUAUUUUCUCCUGUUAACAUGUUUAUAUUUUACAUAAAAUAAACUCCGUAGCUGAUGUUGCUUCCA